AUGUCGACAGCGGUGAGGACGGCGCUGCUCUGCGCUGUCUUGCUCUGCUUCCAGCAAGUAAGCGCCGAGCUAAGAGGAAGGUGUCCAGCUCAGGAGAGCUCAUGUCCAGCAAGAGCAACACCGUGCAGCAAUGAUGAUGAAUGUGGCGAACAGAUUUGUUGCAACACGUCAUGUGGACAAGCCUGCGUAGACCCACUUUAUACAGGUUGUGAAAACAUAAAGCUGUCAUCAGAACGGAUUUCCCGCGCUCUGGCAGUUGAAAAUACUCGAAGCGGACGAAGGAUAAAAUCCCUGAGAUCCCCUAGAUGCAAAGCGGCGGAUGGGGAAUUCGAAGAGAUUCAGUGUGAUAAUGAAAUUGUUAGCUCCUGCUGGUGCGUUGAUCCUACUGGAUUUGAGGUUCCCGGGACUCGUGCGCCGGCGGCUGCUCUUGUAAACUGCACUCGUACAGCAUCAUGCGCUGCCCAUACUUGCCGUAUGCUCUGCCCACUUGGAUUCGAACUCGACGCCCGAGGCUGCCCUCUCUGCAAAUGCCGAGAUCCCUGCUCAUCUGUCACGUGUCCAGGAUCUCUAUCCUGCCAACUGGAGGAGACUCCCUGUCUCCGCCCGCCCUGCCCGCCAGUCCCUACUUGUAAAAGAGGCCGAAGCCUCCAAAAUAUCUGCCCAGUGGGAGAGCCUUUAUUAAUAUCCGAAACGAGUAGGCCUUUCCUCUGCGGGACCGAUCCAGGAAAACCGAACUGUCCCCCGCUCUACCGAUGUUUGGUUGAAUCAGGAAACGACUAUGGCGUCUGCUGCCCAGCUUCCUUAGAACUACAAAAAGCCGGUACUUGUCCAGCUCCGUCUACCAACGAGUUGGACUGUAGCACGCCAUGUGCUCAUGACCUCGAAUGUCCUUCAAUGCAAAAGUGCUGUGACGGAGGGGAGUGUGGACGUCAUUGCACUUUACCACACAAUGUUACGAUGUGCACCCAGCAAAAGAUGCUGGCAGAGUUAUUGGUUGUAAGCGAGAAGGAAGGCAGGGGAUAUGUCCCUCAAUGUAUGCCUGAUGGUAGCUUCUUUUCAAAGCAGUGCUCACGGAAUGGAUUAGUUUGCUGGUGCGUAGACUCCGAGGGUAACAAACUACGAGGUUCAAUGGGGCCAUCAGCGUCCGUCCAAUGUUCUGCUACUCCCCGUCCGGCAAGAUCUGGAGCCAGGAGCCUUAAUGCCUGCGCCAGGUCACUAUGCGCAGGAGUAUGUGAAUACGGAUACAAGACUGGUACAGAUGGAUGUCCGACCUGUGAAUGUGAUGACCCCUGCGCGGGCUACCCUUGUGGAGACGACGAAGAGUGUGUGAGGGUCAGGGACGCGGACUGUACGGGUGAUUUCUGUACUGGAUAUCCUGUGUGUCGACCAAGGAUAUCGUAUGAAAACCCGUGCGAAGUUGGAGUCCCAAUCACCGACGAGGAUGGAUCCGUAAUAUCCUGUGGCUCUGAGCAGGACUGUCCUUCUGGUCACAUCUGUUCUAUGACCAGAAGGAGUGGCGGUUCUGUCUGCUGUCCAGAUGUAACAGCUGAUAAUUCAACUGAGAGCGAAGUUAUUGAGAUUAACUUCGAGACCUGUGGAGCUGAAGCUGAAGCCGUGUGCAGUAUUAACUCAACAAGCGCGUGUUUGGAUGGUAACUGUGAAGAUGGAAUGCUGUGCUGUUCAACUUCAAAUUGCGGACCCAUUUGUAUCGACUCUGAUAAAAUCAGGCUACAGACAGACAGACUGGAUGAUAUUCCAACUAUGUGUGAAUACCUACGUGACUUCGACGAGAAGAUGGAGGGUACAGUAGAUGGCAUGAAACUGGCUUUACCAGCGCCAAGCUGCAAACCUGACGGAUCCUUUGCAUCACAACAAUGUGCACAAGGAAGGUGUUGGUGUGUGGACUCUUUCGGCACUGAGAUACCUGACACUUCAAGUACCAACUCAUCGGCAUUGGAUUGUGAGAAAAUUCGCUCAGACCUGUCCUGUCUUGAUCUAACCUGCCGUAUGGGCUGUGACUAUGGGUUCGAGAUUGGUUCCAAUAAGUGCCCAACUUGCCGGUGUCGCGAUCCAUGCGCGGGAGUAACAUGUCCUCAAGGUCGGGCUUGCGCACUCGUUGACGUAGCCUGUGACGCCGAUUACUGUCCGCCUGUACCAGCGUGUCUCCCUCGCAAAAGCGGGCAAUGUCCAUACCUUGUACCAUGGACGGGUGCGUGUGAAUGGGCGUGUCGGUCUGACAACGAAUGCGGCGAAGAUCAAAGAUGUUGUGCGACGGGAUGCGGCACAGCUUGCACGACUGUCGUGCAUCAUACCGCUUGUCAGCAGCGAAGAGCUCUAGCUUUACACAAAUCAGCUGAAAGUGGGAGUCCCCCAGUAUGGAGCUGGGUUCCGGAGUGUACUGAGGAUGGAUCAUACGAACGAGUCCAAUGCAGGGGUUCUGAAAAAACUUGUUGGUGUGUGGAUACUGUGGGCAACGAGAUAGCUGGAACCCGCGUAUCAAACUCCACUCCACCAUGUGAUGCCCCAGUCGAAUGUCCAUUGCCCCACUGCGAACACGACGACGUGUGUACCCACGGGAGGGUGUUGGAUGCCAGGGGAUGUCCCACCUGCACCUGCAGAGACCCUUGCGCUGAAGCCAAGUGUAGGGAUGAUGAGACCUGCGACCUGGUUCCAGUGGAUUGCGAGGGAGAGUCAUGCCCGCCAUUAGCCAGAUGUUCUCCAUCCCCUCAAUGCCCGGAGGGAGAACCUUUAUCAGCCCCCGAUGGUUCUGGAGUCCUCCUCUGCGGUCCUAGCGCUGCGGCCUGCCCUUCCACUCAUGCAUGUCGCUUCGCUCCCCACGAUUCUAGGCCUUCAGUGUGCUGUCCUAAACCACGAACUGUAUGUUUCGAGAACAAAGACGAAGGAGAUUGUCCGGAUGGCAAAGGUUUGAACGCGACAAGAUGGUAUUUCCAUCACGAGAGAAAUCGGUGCGAAAGAUUCAAAUACAACGGCUGCUCUGGCACACACAAUAACUUCCGCACUAAGGAAGAAUGUAACGCAGUCUGCCCUGUUUUAAGUCCAUGCGAGCGUCUACGAGAGAAAAACGAAGCGGCGUCGCAAAAGUUCGGCAAAGGCACCUUCAUACCCAAGUGUGACGUGUCUGGCGCUUGGGAACCAGUGCAGUGCAUGUCACAUAUUGAUGUAUGUUGGUGUGUAAACGGUCGCGGUGAGCCUCAAAAGGGGUCAUUAGUGCGCGGCGCGAAGCCGACCUGCAACUUCCGGCAGGCCCGGAAGUGGGUUAGGCGAGAUCCGCUUGACGAAAGAGCAAGGGCUGACGAAGUGCUAGAAGAGCUAAUACGACAGAUGACAACAUAUCGAAUAGAUGACUUCAAUGACGACAUAGAAGACUUUGACAGCAACGAGCUGUUGGACCAGAAUGACGAACCAGCUUCCACAGAAUCUGAAGAUACUUCAGUCCUAACGGAGGCCGUCGAACCAAGGAUUGCGCAGACAACGAAAAAAGAUGUACCAAUAGUUGUGAGAGAACGACCCGUUUUUAAGACCAAAUGUCAAAUGAUGCAGGAAGAAAUAGAUAAUGGUGGCGAGGGCUGGAAUCCUAGAUGCAUGUCAGACGGAUCAUUUUCGCCCCGGCAAUGUUCGCGUGGUCGUUGUUGGUGUGUCGACGCGGCCGGACAACGUCGGCCUUCACAUACUUUAAUAACUGACUUACCUGAUUCCGAUCCUUGUGAAAUUACACAAAUAGAGUCUGCUCUCCUUGAACUCGAACUAAUUGGAGCUGACAGUGCUGCUGGAGAAAGAGCUCGUUCGACGCUAUCUUCCCAUCUAACGUCUCUUGGCGCGCGGGUUCCGGUAACAGUCGUAAAAGAACGCAACGCCAUUAAGUUGCGUGCUUUGUUGCCGGGCCCAAGAUCAGCUGAUUUAGUAUACCAUUUGGAAUCUAUGGUGAAACAAGAAAAAAUGGAAGGCCUUAAAUCAGGUGAUGGCGUUCUUGGCGCUGAUGUUAUAAGAAGCGAAUACCGUCUAGUUGCAACACCACCUUCACCUGCCAUGCAGAGGGAGAUUGUAAGCGAAUCAACUGUAUCUGCAGCUACAUCUUAUCACACAGCGUUAAUCGUACUGGCAGCUACGUCUGCCUUUAUUAUAAGCGUCCUUUGUGUACUUGUAAUGUUAUAUCGAGCCCGACUACAAAGGGAACCCCAUAAAGCAGAAAGAUUUCUACCGGCAGCACCACCUGUAUAUGUCCUCUCAGCUGACGAGAAGGCGGAACUUGCUAGGGUACUUCAUGCACCUCCGACCAAUGACGACCAUUCCAGAGUAUAA